UUUCUCUGGCCCCCUUGUCCCCUCCACUUACCAAAGUCCAGCCUCCCAACCUUUUUCUUUUCUUCGUCUUUCUUCCUUUGUCAGGUCCAAUACCUACGGCCCAGCUCCUCGACAAACGCCCAGAAUCCCGUGCAUCGCUGCACCAUCAGACCAAAGAGCAACUCGCGAUUCGGCUUCAGCGACCGGCCGCGCGACCUUGGUGUGCUCGCCAGAGACACGCCCGCCCCCCGAUUGCGAGCUGCGACCCGUUUUCCGAUACGGCGUCGUCGAGACGGAAAAGAGCCCCGGGUUCUGUAAGAGAAGGAGAGAAGGAGCACAAACGGCAGGCGACAUUCUACCGCCAAUCCAAGCCAGGUCGUGACGCUUGCCCGACUUCGCCGGCUAUUUUUGCCCGACCAGAACAAAGGCCCAAGGACCCGUGGACGCUCGAGUCGCACCAUCCGCCAGCCGCAUCACCUCCCCCAUCCUGACUGUUCUCGUUCUUUAAUUCCUUCGCCGCGACACGCCUCGUCGACCGCAUAUUUCCGCCGGUUAUCCCGCGCAACCGUCACUCCUUUGGAACCAACCACAUCGCACGUUGACAGGACCAACCUUUCCCCGACUCGAAUACACCUAGCGCCCGCUCCCCCCAAUAUCUUCCGUACGAGUCGAAAACGAGACCCGCGCUUAAUAUUCCUGCGCUUGUAUUCGCUCCAGAAUCAUCCGCUUUUGUCGACUUCGGCUCCAUUCUGUUCCGCAUGUCCUCCAUUGCUACUUGAUUGCUGUCAAAUUCCGCCUUCUCUUCGCUACAAGCCUCUGCAACGAUCGGCCGACUUCACGGACGGCCGACAAAAGAGGACGCCGAGAGGUCUUACUUAUGCCAUCCUACGGCUCUCUCCAUUCGCCAUCCCUGCGCAAAAUGGAGAACUCGAGGCAAUACGGAGGAGGCCGCAGAGGCAUGAGCCUCGGGAAUGUUAUCGGCGACCCCUUUGCUCUUGCGACUUUGUCGAUCGCUGCUCUCGCGUGGAUUAUCGCCUUUAUAUCUUCGGUUGUCGCACAGAUCCAGACUGUGGCCAACUUCCCCACAUACACGUGGUGGUCCGUCGUCUUUUAUGCUUUCCUUAUCCCUGGCAUCUUUGUCGUGGUCGCCUCGGACACCAUCCAGACCUACCAUGUCGCACUGGUGGGCUACCUGGCGUGUGGUCUGGUCCUGACAACCUCGUCGGUCAACGGACUGGUGUACUCGACCAACGGUGCUAAGGAGGCCGCCGCUGCCGGCUUCAUUCUCCUGUCUAUGGUUACGAUUGUCUGGAUCUUUUACUUCGGUUCCGCGCCCUCGGCUAUGCCCCGCGCUUAUCUAGACUCGUUCGCCCUGAGCAAGGAGUCUACCAGCAACCGCCAGACCAUGAACGGCGGCUACGGCAUCGGCCGCCCCGAGACCUCGACCUCGGUUCAGCCGCCGCAAAUGUACACUUCGGCCCAGCUCAAUGGCUUCGAGAACCCCUCGCCCGCCAACGGCAGCGCCCAGCGCAACUCGGCACUCGGCGGCCCCGCAUUUGGCGUCGGCGCGCCAGGUCUCGGCAAGAGCGGCACCCCGCCGGGCCAGGGUGGCAUCGGGGGCCCCGCACCAGACGAGAUCGUUCCGCCGACCGAGUACCCGUAUCGGGCCAAGGCCAUCUACAGCUACGAGGCGAAUCCCGACGAUGCCAACGAGAUCAGCUUUUCCAAGCACGAGAUCCUUGAGGUCAGCGACGUCAGCGGGAGGUGGUGGCAGGCAAAGAAGGAGACUGGUGAGACGGGUAUUGCCCCAAGCAACUACCUCAUUCUGCUAUGAGACGACUAGAGUGCCUGUUUCAGGUAUCUCUCGUUUUCUCGUACCGAGACCUCUCCACCUCCCCUGCACGAUCGAUCAAACGAAUGCUCGUCGUUGCUGUUAUACCCGGUUACUAUUCUCUACACCUCUUUUUCUGUAUUCCUAAUCCGACGCAUGAUGACGACGAUUACCCAAAUACUUUUCGGGCUCCACCUUCUAUUACCCUGCUCUGUUCCCCCGUAUUCUCACCCUUUGUUGGGAUGAGGAAAGGCUGCCACCCCACGCCAGACGGCCUACCUUAAACCACACCCAUCACACCACAUACAGCCAACGACCUACAAGGCGUACCACCAUCGCCUGAAAUGACACCUCCGCUUGGACGGCGCAGGAAGCGCGGGCAAUGGGGGCAAUGGGGGUCCUGCCCACAUCGGCACCUGCACAUAUUCUCGCUCCUUCUUGGCGUCUAUGGCGUUGGGUAACAAUGCUCAAAGCAAAUACCUUUCCAGAGCAGAAUGUCUCGGCGGGGCGUGGUCUCUCCGUCGACCUAGCCUAGAAAAAAAUGAAUCCAAGGAAACAUGGAUUUUUCGUACUGCGGGAUAUCAUGUUUUUGGAUUGUGUCGGAGUAAAGCAAAGGCGGCUCUUUUCUUGUUCCAUCUUCCCACUCGCUUUUCAGCUUCUGUUUUUUUUUCUUUUGUUUGUCUUCUUUUUCCUGGUCUCCAUGUCACUAUCACCAUGCUUCUUUCCUUAUCACCGAUAUGUCAUCAUACCUCUUUUUGCGUCUUGAUUUUUUUUCUUUAUGGGAUUCUAUGUGCACACAAGGGCACCUCCAGCUUUGGUAUCAAAAUAUCAAUCUUGAACACUUGAGAAAAGAAAAUAGCAUGAAAAAUCGGU